UUGGUUGCUUAAGACUGAAGCAAUCAUGGUGAACCUAAGGAAAGCGGUGCGUUCGUUCCUUGUGCACCUAAUUGGCCUAUUGGUUUGGCAAUGCGAUAUUUCUGUGAGCCCAGUUGCAGCUAUAGUAACUGACAUUUUCAAUACCUCCGAUGGUGGACGCUUCAAAUUCUCAGACGGGGUACAAAACUGGCCAGCACUUUCAAUCAUCAUAAUCAUAAUCUUGACAAUAGGUGGCAACAUUCUCGUUAUCAUGGCAGUAAGCAUGGAAAAGAAACUGCACAAUGCCACCAAUUACUUCUUAAUGUCCCUAGCCAUUGCUGAUAUGUUGGUGGGACUGCUUGUAAUGCCACUGUCUCUGCUCGCAGUCCUUUAUG